UCAAUCGUGUGACUAUGUUUUAUUUUUAAAAAGAGUAGUUGUUUUUUUUUUUACUUUUAUUUCUUUGCACUCUUCUUUUCUUUAUUAAACAAAAAGUGAAAAUUUAUAACUAUGUAUAUUAUUGUUUAAAUCUAAUUACAUUAAUAAUAUUGUUUAUCUAUCUUAAUGAAAAUAAAAUUAUUCAUAAUCAUAAGGAAAAAUUUAAAUAAUGUUAAAUUUGUUUCUAUUAUUAUCAAUAACAACGUUGUUUGUUGCUGCUGAGAAAAACAAAUCAGAAUUUUAUACUGGGGGAGUAGUUGAAUACUCUAGUUCAAUUUUAACUGAUACAUCAAAAAAUGUACCUACGGAAAAGUACUUACAAGAAAAUUUGAAAGCCUAUCUUGACUUUAUUAAAAGCGCUAAAGGACAAAAUGUUGAUAUCUUAGUUUUUCCGGAAGCAACCUUCAAUUAUGCUAGAAGCCGUGAGGAUAUGAUUAAAUAUGGAAUUGAAUUACCAAAUCCUAAAGAUAAAAUUGCACCAUGGGAGCAUCCUAAAUCUUACUCUGAGACUCUUCAAAAACUCUCAAAGGAAGUCAGUGAUAAUCAACUAUAUGUUUUAAUUAAUUUAAUUGAAAAAGAACCAUGUGAUACCGUUAAUAAUGACAUAAAAUGCAAACGUAAAAAACCUGAUGGCUAUAAUAUCUAUAACACGAAUACAGUCUUCGAUCGUCAAGGCCGCGUAAUAUCUCGUUAUAGAAAAUAUAAUUUAUUUAAUGAACACUUUUGUGAUAUGCCAGAUACAGCUGAAGUAUCUAUUUUUGAAACAGAUUUUGACGUUAGAUUUGGACAUUUCAUAUGUUUUGAUAUUAUGUUUAAAGAACCUGGUCUAAGUCUUGUUAAUGAGAAUCAAAUUACAAAUAUUUUGUAUCCUUCAUACUGGUUUUCAGAAUUACCAUUUCUUACAGCUAUACAAACUCAUUUUGGUUGGGCAUACGCAAAUAAUGUUAAUUUCUUAUCAGCUGGAGGCAAUAACCCACGUACAGGUACUUCUGGCACAGGUAUUAUAGCUGGUAAUAAAUAUGUAGGAAACACUUUUAUUUCUGGUACUAUUGAAAAAAGAUUAAUGAUCAGUCAAUUACCAAAAAAUGUACGUAGUUAUAAACCAGAUGGAAAUAAAAUUAUAAAAACGUCAUCGGUGGUUCAAACUCCAAUUGAAAUGCAAACUUUCCGUCCAACUGAAGAUUGGUCAACAUUUGAUACACGAACAUGGAAUAUUACAAAUGGUGAAGUUCAGAGAGUUUGUGUACAUACAGAUAUUUGUUGUACAUUUAAUAUACGUAUGAAAGAACAUGAAAUCCCUGUAGGAAAAAUUGCCUAUAACUAUAGAUUAGCAGCAAAUUAUACUAGACGUAUUUAUAGUUAUGACAGAAGCUGUGGUGAAUUAUAUUGUUCUAUAGUAGCAUGUACUACAAACAAUCCAAAAUCUUGUGGCCGUCAUUUUAAGGACAAUACGAAAUUAUUUAACGCUAUUGAAUUUGAUAAAAUUACAAUUACUGCAAAUAUUAAAGUUCUAACAAACCCUGAUGAUAUAUUAAUUAUGCCAAAUACUUUAGAUACAUCAAUGACACCAAUUGAUUCAGAUUUAUUUAACUUUGGUAAAUUAAGAUCAAUUCGUGAAAGUGGAUCAACAUACGAACGUUAUCAAAUAGAAUCGAGAGAUAAUUUUAAUAAUAUUCUGACAUUUGGAAUUUAUGGAAGAAAUUAUGCAUUGGAUAAAUUUGUUUAAUUGUUAGCAAUACAUAAUACAUAGCUUUAGAUUAUCCUUUAAAAUUGAGUAUAUACAUACAUAUUAUUAUUAUUAUAAUGACUUAUUAUGAAAUUGAAUGAAAAUUAAAUUUAAAAUAACGAUAUUAUAUGUAUUU